GUUUUAGUUUUUGUGUUAAGUUUGAGUUUUAUCAAGAACAAAUGGAAGAAGAAUAAUGCUAUGAAGAAGAAGCUUCCACCCGGGCCAUGGAAGCUUCCAAUCAUUGGAAACAUGCAUCAAUUGAUGGGUUCACUCCCGCAUCAUGCUCUCAAGAAUUUAGCCCAAAAACAUGGUGAUCUGAUGCAUCUUCAGCUUGGAGAAAUCUCAGCCAUUGUUGCAUCAUCUCCGCGUAUAGCAAAAGAGAUUUUGAAAACGAAUGAUCUGACUUUUGCAAAUCGGCCGGAAAUUCUGGCCGGAAAGAUCUUAUUCUACAACAAUUCCGACAUUGGAUUCUCCCCGUACGGUGAUUAUUGGAGACAAAUGCGAAAGAUUUGUACUUUGGAACUUCUCAACAACAAAAGUGUCCGAUCAUUCGCUUCGAUUCGCAAAGAUGAGGCUAAAAAUCUCAUUUCAUCGAUUCGGGAACAAGCUGCCCUGAAGCUGGAAUCACAAAAAAAGGGGAUGAUUAAUUUAACCCAAAAAAUCAUCUCCUACACCAAUUCGAUGCUCUGUCGGGCUGCAUUUGGUCGAGCAUUUGGACUUCAUCGGGACAAAGUGAUGAAUCUGCUGAAAGAAGCCGCGUUGCGGACAAGUGGGUUCGAUGUUUCCGAUGUUUUCCCAUCCUGGAAAAUACUCCAUCACUUGAGCUUGAUGAAGCCCAAGUUGAUGGAGUUGCACCGCGAGUUUGAUGACAUUUUGGAAACCAUAAUACAACAACAUUUGGUCAACCCAACUGGGAGGAAUGGUGAGUUUGGUGAAGAAGAUCUUAUUGAUGUUCUUCUCAGGAUCAAGCACACUGGCGACCCGAAUCUCCCAAUUACCAACACAAACAUCAAGGCUGUGUUACUGGUAAAUUUUCAACAAGUUAAUUAA